AUGCAGGACAAUACAGUCAUAGCUAGCAUGUCGGCUCCACGGCAAAAGAACUGCAGCAGCUGCGUUCGUGCGAAGCGCCGAUGCGACAGGCGCACUCCGGUAUGCUCGAGAUGUGUGGAGAAGAAGCUGCCCUGCAAUUACGCCAAGGGAAAGACUGUCCUGCGAUAUGGCCAACGACAAAAUCUUGAUUUGUCAAACCGUGCGAGUAUGCUGCCCUUCAGAGGUCUUAUUGCCCCGGGUUUGACCGACGUGGACUACUUUGGGAUCGGGCCCAUGGAAGUCCAGUCGCGAAACGACGAGCUUACCGAGACCCGUCAAGGUUCAUUGGUUCUUGAAGACGGCGUGGAUAGUGAUAUUCCAAUUGAUCCGUUGCUUGAUAUUAUGGACAACGCCGAAAUUGCAAAUCUACAACAAUGGCUUGUUCCAGUCGAAUCGGGGCCUCUGACCCAGACCUCAGACAGCUCUGUAGAAGAAGAGCUCAUGUCGGCCUAUCAAAAAAUGUCUGGAAUUUGCCAUCACGUUGAGCCGUGGGAUCUGUAUGAUACCAAAUCGCCUCUGUACUACGUGAUAAAUCGCGUCAAAGGGUUUACAGCCGAUAUUGCUACCCGCAGCGCCGCACCGUUCUUGCAUCGCCGCCUGUACAGAGGCCACACGCCGCAGUGCAUCUUUUCAUGCUUUACCACCGCAAGCCUGUACGCGAACCAGACCACGGAGACCAAGCCAAUGGUGAUGCGUGCCCUUCAGCAGGCUGUCCAGGAGCUCCUUGAUGCCGAGACAGGAAGGGCAGCAGCAAAGCUAGUUGAGAAGUUGGCUCGCGCCCAAGCACUAUUCCUAUAUCAGGUCAUUCGCUUGUUCGAUGGGGACAUUCUUCUACGCUCACAAGCGGAGAAUGACCUGCCGUUACUGCAGGCGUGGCUGGAAGACUUGCUUAAGAUCCGGGAGAAUAUCGGGAGCUUGGCUGAGCUUGAGAACGAGGGUGCACAGAUUCAGGUUCCGGUAGAAUGGGAGCAUUGGAUCUUUGCCGAAUCCUUGAGGAGGACUAUCGUGAUGGCAUAUGCUGUCGUAAAGGUCUAUGAGCUCAUGAAGCACUCCGACGACGCGAAGGACCCAGGCAUAUGGGGCAGGGCACAGUGUUGGACUUUGUCCCGGCACCUCUGGGAAGCGGACUCCACCUACGAAUUCCAACGCAUGUGGAGGGAAAAGCCUCCUUUUAUCAUCAACAAUUUCUCCUUCGAUGAAUUCCUCAAACAUGGCAGAGGGGAGGAUGUUGAUGAAUUUGCCGAAAUUCUGCUGAGCGUCUAUCUGGGAGUGGACGAGACAAAGGAGUUCAUCUCUGCACGAUGA